ACUGCGUGACUGCAGCUUACAGGGCGCUGGCGGCCCGGGCGGGGCCUGUAGUUCGUGGCGAGAGUGACGGGAGGACGGGGGUGGUUUCGGCAAUGAUGCCUGGGGAGUGACGGAGUGGCACACCUGUGCAGUGAUGUCACGGCAGCUUAUGGAAGAAGGAUCAUUGUCAGAUUUCGCAGUUCAGGAAUGACCUUAGACAGUAUCAAUCGGGCAGUUGUGGAUCGAAUAAUCCGGGUGGAUCAUGCAGGCGAAUAUGGAGCAAACCGCAUCUAUGCCGGGCAGAUGGCCGUCCUGGGUCGGACAAGCGUCGGGCCAGUCAUUCAGAAAAUGUGGGAUCAAGAAAAGGACCAUUUGAAAAAGUUCAGUGAGUUGAUGGUUACGUUCAGGGUCCGGCCGACAGUUCUGAUGCCCUUUUGGAACGUGCUGGGGUUUGCGCUGGGGGCAGGGACCGCCUUGCUCGGGAAGGAAGGUGCAAUGGCCUGCACCGUGGCGGUGGAAGAGAGCAUAGCACAUCACUACAACAACCAGAUCAGGAAGCUGAUGGAGGAGGACCCUGAAAAAUACGAGGAACUUCUUCAGGUGAUAAAGAAAUUUCGGGAUGAAGAGCUUGAGCACCAUGACACAGGCCUUGAACAUGAUGCCGAAUUGGCUCCAGCCUAUGCCGUCCUGAAGAGCGUUAUCCAAGCUGGAUGCAAAGUGGCGAUAUAUUUAUCAGAAAGAUUGUAAAGUGUGUCCAGUUAUGCCUGUCUGUAAAAGAUGAUAGUAAUUUACCAAGUGACAUUUGCAGAGAAACAAGUGUACAGUUAUCAUUGUACUUUUGUACAAUGUGAAUUUUGUUAAUUAUAAGAUUUCUUUAAAAAAAAAAAAACAAAACUGCAGUGUUGAUUUUUCUCUGGGUUGUGUUUUCUGCCAUGAGACCGACAGGUCACCAGCCUUGUUCAAGUCACAGCAAACGAAGCUGAACCUUGUUUGGUCUCAUACUUAAUUUUCUUUUAUAUACAUGUUUUUCUUUUACAUACGUGUGUGUGUGUGUAUAUACACAAUUUUUUUUUUUUUUUUUUUUUUUGGUGGAGACAGGGUCUCACUCUUUUGCCCAGGCUGGGUCACAGCUCACUGCAGCCUCGACCUCCCAGCCUCAAGCAAUCCACCCAUCUCAGCCUUCCAAGUAGCUGGGACUACAGGUGUGCACCACCACAACUGGCUAAUUCUUUCUAUUUUUUUGUAGAGGCGAAGUCUCACUGUGUUGUUAGGCUGGUCUCUAACUCCUGGACUCAGUGAUCCUCCCAUUUCUACCUCCCAAAGUGCUGGGAUUACAGGUGUGAGCCACUUCACCAGGCUCAUUUUCUCCUAAAACAUCAAGGAGAAAUCAUUAAUAAUGUAACGGGAAUCUUUAGGAGAAAAAACAAUUUGGUUUACUGAUAACAAAAGAUAAUUGGAAACAUGAGAGUAUUUGAGAUUGGCCAAGCAGAACUAUGAAGUCCAUCAAGUAAGUCAAAGACCAUCGUUUCUGUUCUGAAUUGUGGGUGAUAAGGGGUGGGAGAGUGCUACAGUCUGGAUGUCUGUGUUGCCCCAGAAUUCAUAUGAUGAAAUCUUCACCCUCAAGUUGAUAGAAGGUGGGGCCUUUGGGAAGUGUGAGGUUAUGAGGGUGGAGCCCUCAUGAAUGGGAUUAGUGCCUUAUGAAAGGUCCUAGAGAGAUACCUCAUCCUCUCCACAGUGUGAGACUUCAAGGGGUGUGGGCUCUGAGGAAGCAGACCCUUCCUCAGAUCACGGACUUCUCAGCCUCUAGGACUGAGCAAUAAAUGUUUGAUGUUUAUAAGCCA